UUUCUGAGUUUUGUCUUUCUUUCGCAGCUGUCUGUAGCCAAACCGCCAGACUAGGAAUUUGAGACGAAACGACUACCACUGUGACGAAUAAGUUAAAAAAAGACAGAGAAGAUGGGUUUUGUAAAACUAGCAGCGCCAGGAAGAACAAGCAGACUUUUUGGACUUUUUAUCGUUCUUUAUUUGAUGCUGGUAGCGACAUCCACUGCAGGAGCAUCCGCAAGAGGGCAUAGUGGAGCUCCGGAAACGCAAAGCUUCCGCUCGACAGUGAGCAACACUGAAACGAAAUCCUGCUUCGAUAUUAUGAAGUCCUGCCGCCACCAUAAAGAAUGCAGAGAAGCACUCGUGAAACUAAAAACUAAAUGCGCGGUGAAAGCGGGCAGCUGCAACACAAACAUGCGUAAUUUACCAACAUGCGCCAAAAUCAUGGAUUUGCUAACUAAUGCUCGAUUCUUCAACCCUGAUCAGAAGUGCUCGUGUAAUAAGAAACGAGGUCACUGCGCUGCCAUACACAAGAAAAUCUACGAGAACCCUUGUUUCGGUUCCGUGCGAUUUCUUCGAUCCAGGAACAUGUUGCCUAAACUCGACGAUAUUGAAAAACCGAAUACUGUCCAAUCAAACCUAGCAGCAGUGUCACGUGAAUCAAGCGAUGAGGUAUUCGAGGCCUUUAUGACGUACAAUGACUACGCCGCUGACGAAAGCGUCCAGUUGAUGACGUCGCCAACUCCGGGAACGUCACAGUCCGAAUCCACAACCGUCGUGUCCGUUUCCGGUGACGUCAAGAACGACGAAAGCAAUGACGUCAUAAUCCCACAGACCGAAAGCGGGAGCAUCAAUUAUGUCGCAACAAAGAGCGAGACUUACGUGGAAGAUCCGUUCGACCAACCAACCAACACCCUACCACACAAUGAUGCUGUGCUGUUACAUGUGGUGGCGAUCGCGACCGGCAUUCUACUGAUAGUAAUGGUGAUAGCAGGAGCUGCGAUGCUUUUCUUUGUAAGCAUGAAGAGAAAGGAAUGCAAAAACGCGAGAAAGGAAACGAUGACGUGACGAUGACGUCAACAUCUGUGAUCAUUUCCUUAUAAAUGUUGUUGACAGCGUCACCGCAUACGUCACGUUACCUAGCGCCAAGCGUGACAAUCGAAGAUCUUUUCACAUCACUGUUUGUUCAUGCGGCUCGUAAUUAUGACGUCAUAAUUUGAAUCCGGCGCCGUUCGACCGUUCGUUUAUUUUCGUUUUCUUGUUGUUGCCCGAACUCGGCCUAUUAUUUUUUUACCUGAGAUUUUAUUUAUUUUCUGUUUUCUUAUAUCGCUCCCAUGUUCGAACCGAUGUUUUUAUCGCCAUUAAAUCAUUUCAAAAAUUA